AUGGUUAGAUACAAAAUACAAAGUUGCAUAAAUGCAUGCAUAUACUAUCCAAUAUGUAUCAAUGGAGGAAUGAGUGUGAACAUCGGAUGUACCUCAGAUGUCACUUGCCAAAUCUACAACGUCAGCUGGGUCUGCGUACAAGGUUGCUGUUGCACUACGCCACGAGUUUAUACGCCCACCCAACUGUAUCCUCCAGUUACUCGAAAAGCCUCCACUUUGACUAAAUCGUUAUCAAGUAGCCAGUUAAGCCUUAAUCAAAACCGGCAAAUUUAUGUCUCAUUUGAAGGAAUUAAAUGGAUAUUAAGCAAUGAUCAAUAA